CUUUCCAUUAUACUCUAUUUCCUUUUGCUUCACUCCUGCAAAGUGCGUGCCGUCAUCAUCUCACAGUUUGAGGCUGUGUACCCUUUGCUAGUUUGAUAUCGACAUCGGGGACUGGCUUCUUCGAAUUAUUUCUCAUACAGUAAAGCCAACCAAAACGUAUACACAUCUACAUCGUCGACAUGGCCUUCAACGACGAGAAGAAGCGGCCAGCCGCUCUCAACCUGACACCCCAACGAACAAUGUCGGCCGGCUCAGUCUCUUCCAACAACUCAUCAUCCACAUCCUCAUCACUGGCCAAGCCUCCAAGGACACCACGAUUUGCCGAAGCCACCUCAGUACACUCGCCUGUCGAUGGACGAACACUACCCUUUUCUGACCAGUCGGAGGUUGCGCAUGCUCAGCCUGGAGAUGUUGGUUUUGGUUAUAUCGGGAAUGGAGGAAACAGGGAAUCAGUCGCCAUGCCAAUGACGCCAAGGUCGCCCCUCAAGAGUGCGAUGAAGGUUCCGGGAACACCAGGUCGGACUCUCGCCAAUCCUCUCAGCCCAACAUUCAGGGAAGAGGAGGAGCUGGAGGUAAAGGAAAAGUUGACGGAGAAGGAGCAGGCCAGGGAUUUGAAAAUCAAAACCCGGGUACGCAUGGCCAAGUUCGCUCUCCGCGGUGUCAACUUCAGCUGCAGUCUCAUCAUUCUCUCCAUGCUUUCGGCCUCGUUUUCCAUCUUCAACGCUACCCGACAUCUUCCGGCCAUGAACGGCCUUCCCGCCUGGGCCGCUGGCACCAACCCUUGGCCUCAAUACGUCGUUCUCGCCUGCUCCUGCGUCUCGCUGCUCAUCUGCAUCGGUGUCUUCAUUGGUUACUGCCGUGGGGGUCAUCAAAGGGCGGAGAAGGUUGGCGUGUACUACACGCUCUUUGCUGUGGGCUGGUUCAUUUUCAGCAUGAUCAUGUGGGCGGUGGCUGCCGGUAUCUUCCAAUUCACCAAGAACAACAGCAAGAACCAAGACAUGUGGGGUUGGUCUUGCGUUGAGAACCACCGCGCGGAGCUCUUCAAGGACAAGGUCGACUACGCGCUUGUGUGCCGUCUUCAGAACUGGGGUCUUAUCUGCAUGAUUAUCGAAAUCAUUAUCGAGAUCAUCAGUAUCACGCUCUACAGCAUCGUCUUCUACCGCUACUGGUCCAAGCGCAAGCUGCUCAAGACCAUGAACAUGCGCGACAAGGCCCGGUCCGACCUCUACCUCGCCCAGCUGCGCGUGCAAUCGGCGCCCAACACGCCCGGCUUCGGCCCCAAGUCGCCCACCUUUUCGCAAUACGCCCUCUCCCCCCGCUUCCCGCCCUCGCAGUACCAAUCCUUUGACGACGUCGAGAAGGGCUACGGUGCCGGUCCCACCCAGCAGCAGCAGCAGCCAUUCACCCCCGGCGGCGGCGGCCAGCGUCUCAUCAUCCCUCAGUCGUCCUCCUUCAGCUCGCCCAAGAUCGACACGGGUUUCAAGCUGCAGGCUCCUCCGUCAAAGGCCAACCCUGCCACGCCCGUCACGCCCAAGGGCGGGUUCAUGACGCCCUCGUCUUCCAACGCGGUCUCGCCCGUGGAUCCCAUGCCUCAAAUCAACCUGCCCCAGCCUCCCCCGCCGGUGGUGGUGCAGAUUGCGCACGCGCCGAUGGCGGAUGGCGAGCAGCAGUAUGAGGCGGUACCGAUCCCCGGCGCUUACGCCGGUCAGGCGAUCAAGAACCCCCCGCCGCCGACUAUGCAGACGAGGUUUGCUUAGGUGGUGGUCACUGGGUUCGGAUGAUGGCAAUGCCAGUGGCAGUGGGUGUCAAUAAGCAAGGCGAUGAAAGUAUAUAUAUCACCUCUUUUCUCUUCUAAAGCAAUCUCUUUUUCCCUUUGUUUAUAGGUUUUACUUUGUUUUGUUUCAAAUUGGAUAUACCAAAGGCGUUGGCAGGAUUACAACUUUUGUUUUUUUGGAAUAGCGAUGGGAAGCUAGGAUGGAUGGAUGGAUGGAAUGACGGAAGAAAAAUUGAGCGGAGCAGACAGAGAGUGUGUAUAAUAUGAGCGGGAACUCGAGAUACGUGAAAGAUGAAGAUGGAUGGACGGAUAAGAUGACAGAAGGUCAAGUUACCUUUUUUUCCCCUGAAACAGAUCAGACAGGAAAUGAACAAGAGAAUAGAAUUCUCUAUGUGUGUGUGUGG